UUCCAAGAUUGAUACUAAGAACGCUGGGUUAUACCAGUAUAGAUACUUCCAUUGGAGUCCAAAGAAAUAUAAUUUAAUCUAAAAAGAGUAUUACGUGGAAUUAGGAAGAAAUGCCUGAUUAUAGUUCUGAGUACGGUAAUGAGAGUGGACGCGGAGGAAGUGAAUCCAGUGAAGACGAUCCGCCAAUGUCACGUCUUUUUGUUUUUUGUGAUAAGGGUCAUUCAGAAAAUGACAUUCGCAAAAGCUUUUCACCGUUUGGUCGAAUCGAGGACAUAAAAAUCAUUAAAGAAAAGGAUACAGGAGAAAAUAAAGGUUUUGCAUAUGUAAAAUUUGCCAAAACUUCUGAUGCCGCAAAAGCGCAGGAGGAAUUACAUGGCAGUAUUAUUGGGAAGUCUGACCGGCCGCUAAGAGUUUUUGUAGCAGCAAGCCGCAGUCAAGGUGCCAAUAAGUCUCAAAAAAUCGAGCAAGAACAAUGUGUCAGACUUUUCAUACAAUGUCCCAAUGCCGGUGAACAAGAUCUACGUGAAGAGUUUAAACAAUGGGGACCGGUGGAAAAUGUUGUUCUCAUACGCCAUAAGGACACCGGAAAUCCAAAGGGAUUCGGUUAUAUACGAUAUACAAGAUUUUAUCAUGCCGCCCUUGCUCUUGAAAAUUGCCCUGCAAAAUAUAAGGCCAAGUUUGCUGAACCAAAAAAUGCCAAACGUCCAUCAGAUGAUCAUAGCUCAUCGUCGGAUAACAAAAAUGAGACAACACAACUUUUACGUUUAAAAAAUAAUGAAACUUCCCAGCCCACAUCAUUGAAUGUUGUUGUUAGUAAGACCAUCAAACAAGAUCAAUUAUGGCGUUUAUUUGAUAUUGUGCCCGGUUUGGAUUACUGCCAAAUAUUAAAAGAGGGUGAUUACAACAAUGAAGCUAUAGUAGUUUACCAUAACCCAGAAUCUGCCAUAUAUGCCAAAGAAAAAGUUCACGGAUUUGAAUAUCCAGUGGGAGAGCGAAUAAUUGUAAAACUUUCUGAAAUGAGUUCAGCAAAGAUUGAUACAUCUUUCAUUGAGAAACAUACAAAGAAAGACACUUUUUGUAGUGUUCCUUUGCCCCAAGCACAACCAAUGGCCCCAAAUGAUGCUGUUGUUGCAAAGAGAUUAUUUAUGAUAAUGCCUACGACUGUUCCCGUAGCUAUAUUGAAAAAUAUUUUUUCUUGCUGGCCUGGAUUGAUUGAUCUUUACUUCUUGCCAAAUAAAUCAUGUGGUUAUGUUAAAUAUGCCGAUGCUGAAUCGGCCAUGAAAGCAAUGGAAACCUUAAGUGGAGCAGAAAUUUGUGGUACUAAAAUAAAGAUUGUGGAGGCAGAGGAGCAAGUAAAGGGCGAAAAAAAUGGUAACGACGAUGUCAGCCGUAAGCGCAUGCGCCGCAAUUAA